AUGGUGGUCUAUUCAUUCUAUAUAUUUGACCGUCACGCGGACUGUAUCUACAAGCGGAGAUGGUUGCCUACAGCUUCCACACCAAGUAAUUCAAGUCGGCCCGUUUCAGAGGCGACGACGGAUGGCAAUGUUGCUCGAUCCCGAAAGGCCCUGAGUGCUGAGGAUGAUGCCAAGCUUAUAUUCGGCACUGUCUUCUCCUUACGGAAUAUGGUACGAAAGCUUGGGGGAGAAGAUGAUACCUUUCUUUCAUAUCGAACCUCGCAGUAUAAGUUACACUACUACGAGACACCAACAAAUGCCAAAUUUGUCAUGUUGACUGAUACGAAGUCUGGGUCUAUGAGAAUAGCUUUGCAUCAAAUAUAUGUCAGUAUCUAUGUCGAGUAUGUGGUCAAAAACCCUCUGUCGCCGGUCGAACAUCCUGGAGGUAUAGGUGUCAACAAUGAACUGUUCGAGAUCACAUUGGAGCAAUUCGUGGAUCGAGUUCUGAACGCUACAUCCUGA